UUAUCGGCUUUUCCGAUGUUGUGUGGUUUUUCCGGAAAGUUCAACCCGUUAUGAAUCGGUAGGAUGUAUUUCUGGCGUUGGAAGUAUUUUCCGGCGAAAGAGAGACGUCUGGUUGGUGUUCUUGGUCUAUAAAAUGGUUUGAUUUUCUGGAUGUGUGGAAUUGCAUUGGUGUUUUUGUUGUUUGAGGCUUGUUGUUUGAUUUUUCCGGUGGAAACUAGAUCGCCGAUUUUCCUUCCAGUCGCCAUUAUUGAUGCAAGAUCCAUCAGGUUCGAAGCCAUUAGCCAACCAAACAUCGCCGUUUCCCUCUGCAUUCUGGCAAUCACACCACCAGAGGAUCUGGAUCUGGCGUCCGACCCCUUCGACACCGCCGUGCCGGCCGGGAGCUUCGAGGAGAUGGGAUCCGAGGACGAUAUCUUCUCUACUUACAUGGACAUCGAGAAGCUCAGCGCCGGAUCCGGCGCCGCCGCCGAUGCUUCUGCGGCGGUGGGGUCGGAGAGCGGCGACAAUGGGGUGAAGAGCUCAAACCAACUGCGGCAUCGCCAUAGCAACUGGGUGGAUUCAUAUUUGCUCUAA